CGAGACUCGGAUAUUUCCGCCGCCCACUCCACAACACAACCUCAACAAGACAACAAGUUGUUUUUCGAUUUUCAGUUUCUCUCCGGGCUGAAACAGUUGAGGUUAUAAUGGCCGGUACUUUAACGAAAUUUUCAAAAAGCUUGAGCGCUGUUGUUACCAAAAAUGGGGUCCUGCAAGGGCGCAAUUUUGGCACCCAACGCGUGGUGGCAAAGAAUCCCGUGGUCGAAAUGGACGGCGACGAAAUGACUCGAAUCAUCUGGGAAAAAAUCAAAGAACGUCUCAUCUUUCCUUACGUUAAACUUGAGGCGCUUUACUACGACUUGGGACUACCCCACCGCGACCAAACCAACGACCAAGUGACUAUCGACGCCGCCAACGCCAUUCUCAAACACAACGUGGGGAUCAAAUGCGCCACCAUCACCCCCGACGAGCAACGAGUCAAAGAAUUCAAUUUGAAAAAAAUGUGGCUGUCGCCCAAUGGCACCAUCCGGAAUAUUUUAGGAGGAACAGUUUUCAGAGAACCCAUCUUGUGUAAAAACAUUCCCAAGUUGGUUCCCGGGUGGACAAAGCCCAUCGUCAUUGGCAGACACGCCCAUGGGGAUCAGUACAAGGCGAAGGAUUUUGUUGUAACGAAACCAGGGACAGUCGAGAUGGUCUACACUUCGGACGAUGGCCAAGUCGAAAGGUACGAGCUUUUCAAGUACAAAGGGGGCGGAGUCGCCAUGGGAAUGUACAAUACGGAUGAGAGUAUCCGGGCUUUUGCCCAUUCGUCCUUCCAAGUAGCCUUGAAUAAAGGUUGGCCGUUGUAUCUGUCCACCAAAAACACAAUUUUGAAGAAAUACGAUGGCCGCUUCAAGGACAUCUUCCAGGAAAUUUAUGAUAAAGAGUACAAAUCGCAGUAUGAAGCGAAAAAAAUAUGGUAUGAACACCGCCUGAUUGACGAUAUGGUGGCUCAGGGAUUGAAAUCCUCUGGUGGUUUCGUCUGGGCUUGCAAAAAUUACGACGGAGACGUCCAGUCUGACAUUGUCGCCCAAGGGUACGGCUCCUUGGGGAUGAUGACCUCAGUUCUCAUGUGUCCCGAUGGCAAGACUAUCGAGUCAGAAGCUGCCCAUGGGACAGUCACGAGACAUUACCGGGAGCACCAGAAGGGUAACCCCACGUCCACCAAUCCUAUAGCGUCCAUUUUCGCCUGGACUAGGGGUCUGGAACACAGAGCCAAGCUCGAUGGAACUCCCGACUUGACUAAAUUUGCGCAAACUUUGGAGAAGGCUUGCGUCGAUUGUGUCGAAUCGGGCAAAAUGACCAAGGAUUUGGCCGCUUCCAUUCAUGGAUUGCCAAAUGUCAAGCCAGGGAUGUAUUUGAAUACUCAAGACUUUUUAGAGGCGAUUGCCGAGGAGUUGGAGAGGCAGAUGAAAUAAUUGAUUAAAUGAAUUUUUUAUGAAAAUUUGUAAAUAUUUUUUCAAAUAAACCUUUUACGUACA